UUGCUUCAAACGUGGCGUCGUGGGUCCUUCGCGCCUCGCCCAGGGUCAGCGAGCAAGGACGGGCGCGGGCGGAGGUACCUACAGCCGACAGCUGGAGCCGGUCCUCGCGUCCCGAGCCCGCAUGGGCACCUCUGAUUUCUCAGAGCCGGCUGGCUUUUGACCUCUCAUGAUUGAGGGUCCCUGGUUCGCAGCUCCAGGACUGCAGCUUGAGAGGACAGCUCUCCUUCGCCCAUACCUGUCCCCCACAGUCACGCUUUGCCCCGUGAGGUGCGGCAUUUGACAAGUCACCCCCUCCCCACAUACCACCUCCACCCACGUUCGAGUUAACUUCGUUCGCAGGCUCCUUGUUUGAGACCCCUCCCCUCCUCGCCUCCAGACGAGGUUUUUCCCCAGUUCAGUUUCGCCCAUAAAAUCUCAAGUUUGGAGUUCCGGGUGUCAUGGAAGAUUAUCUUUAAGACUGAGCACCAAUUUGAUACAAAAAAAAGUUCAUGCUUACUAGAGAGUUUGUGGGAAAAGUGAAAGCCAGUACACACAGGAAACUAUGGCUGAGCACGGGGCUCACAUCACAACUGCUUCUGUGGCCGAUGACCAGCCAUCCAUCUUUGAGGUGGUAGCACAGGACAGUUUAAUGACAGCAGUGAGACCUGCUCUUCAGCAUGUGGUCAAGGUUCUUGCAGAAUCAAAUCCUACCCACUAUGGCUUCUUUUGGAGGUGGUUUGAUGAAAUCUUUACUCUGUUAGAUCUUCUGCUUCAGCAGCAUUAUCUGUCUAAAACCAGUGCCUCAUUUUCUGAAAACUUUUAUGGCUUAAAGCGAAUUGUAAUGGGGGACACUCACAAGUUUCAGAGAUUGGCAAGUGCUGGUCUCCCAAAGAAGCAGCUUUGGAAAUCAAUUGUGUUCCUGGUUCUUCUUCCCUAUCUGAAAGUGAAGCUGGAGAAGCUGGUUUCUAGCCUGAGAGAAGAAGAUGAAUAUUCUAUUCAUCCCCCUUCUUCCCACUGGAAACGAUUUUACAGAGCCUUCCUGGCAGCCUACCCAUUUGUUAACAUGGCCUGGGAAGGCUGGUUUCUUAUACAACAGCUUCAGUACAUCCUAGGAAAAGCUCAGCAUCACUCACCACUGCUGAGGCUGGCUGGAGUUCGGCUAGGUCGACUGACAGUUCAGGAUAUACAAGCUCUGGAGCACAAACCAGCUGAAGCCAGCAUAAUACAGCAUCCAGCCAGGAGUGUUAACGAGAGGAUAAAGUCAGCUCUGAAGAAAGCUGUGGGAGGCGUUGCCUUAUCUCUUUCUACUGGCCUUUCUGUGGGUGUAUUCUUCCUGCAGUUCCUUGACUGGUGGUACUCAUCUGAAAAUCAGGAAACCAUCAAAUCACUGACUGCCCUGCCUACUCCACCACCACCUGUGCACCUAGACUACAACUCCGUUUCUCCCCUGUUACCCAAAAUGAAGACCGUGUGCCCGCUGUGUCGUAAACCCCGGGUGAAUGAUACUGUUCUUGCCACCUCUGGUUAUGUGUUUUGUUACCGCUGUGUAUUUAAUUAUGUGAGGAGUCACCAAGCUUGUCCCAUCACAGGUUAUUCAACAGAAGUACAACAUCUGAUUAAACUGUACUCUCCUGAGAACUGAAA